AAUUUCUUUUCAGGAAUAAAAUUCCAUACACCCGUUGGCUGCCUUUUCAUCAUUCAAAAAAAUAAUCCUUAUAUGAAAGAUUUGCUAAAAGCUGCGGAUGCAAAAAAUGUAUCAAUAACAGAUGUAUCAUGCAGAGAUACCUUCACAAGAAGAUAUCCUUAUUUGCUAUUUAAGGAUGAUGAAAUCGCUCUUUUGGAUGAUAAUGGUGGUGGCCAUAUUGAUCCAAGGAACUUAGUUGCAGCACAGAAGAAAAUUUCAAGGGAACAAGGAUGUGAUAUUAUUGAAAGUGUUGUUACAGAGUUACACCAAGAAAACAACCAUUAUCAAAUAAAAACCGAAGCAGGAAAUAAAAUAACUUCAAAAAGAGUGCUGAUAGCGACUGGAGCAUUUAUAAAUUUGAAGAUUCAUAGUGACUUGAAGCCUUUGCUUGUUUCAAAGCACAAAGAGACAAUCGCCUUGCUUGAAGUUUCCGAAGAAGAAACAGAAAGACUGAAUUCAUUGCCAGAUGUUAUAUACGUAAGAGGUAGUGAUGAAAUAUUUCCUAAAGGAGUCUUUAGCUAUUUCCUUCCUCCUGUAGAAUAUACUGCAGGUAAGUUCAGCAUAAAAGUUGGAAUAGAUGGAUGUGCAGAAGAAGCUAAAGAUUUGGAUGAUAUCAAGAAAUGGUAUCAAUCAGGAGGGGACCAAAAUCUAAUUAAAUUGCAGGAAAGACUUAUUAAGAGAGAGUUACCAGGUCUGAGGUAUGAUAGUAUCACCAGUAGAACCUGUGUCAACUGCCACACUCCCACUGGACUACCAUACAUCGAUCGUAUUAACCCAACCCUCACAGUUGCAGUUGCAGGCAAUGGCAAAGCUGCCAAAUUUUCAGAUGAAGUCGGGAGAUUAGCUGCAAAACUAAGCACCACUGGAGAAUGGGACUCAGAAUUGGAACAAAUAAGAUUUCGAGCAGUUUUUCAAGAAUGAAAACAAAAACCCACCAUAAUUUCAACAGGCAACGGAUUAAAUUGUUUUCAAAUUGAAUUUUUAAUUAUUGCUUUUCCAAAAUGCUGUUUAAGUUUGGAACAUAGAUUAAAGUGUUAUUUCUUAUUAAGCAAAA